UUUCAUCUUGCUGCGGAGCAUCCAAUCGAUGGGAGCUUCUCCUGAGGGAGCUGCUGAGAAGCAAGCAAAGAUAGUAGGAAUUAGGACUCCAGCAGGCAGCCUUGCUGUAGCUAUGGACGUCCUGUUUUGUUUGGCAUUACAGAAAUGUUUUAAUUGGAAAAGCUAGGCGUGGAUUAGCCGUGCUAUCUGACUGAUGCAUUAGAAUACCAAGCGACACUGCAGAGUUGUAAACGGCAUUAAAAAAAAAAAAAAAAAAGAAGGAGGGGGGUGCAAAAGAGAAAAGGGUUUGUAUUGCAGAGGCUUUUAAUACAUUCCACAGUGCAAACCUGUUAGAGCAUAUAUCCUGGAGCUACAGUACGGAUGCGAAUUCAAUUCCUGCAUUUAUGAUGGACACGAGUAUAAAGAAGAAACUUUAAUAUCCCAGGGUGUGGGAUUCCUGGAUCGCCUAAGAUGCUGAAGAACCUUUGCAAAAUUUCAUCUACUGUAUUAGGAUGAAGUUUCUGAAAAGUGGACCCGAAGAUAAGCCACUUGUAAAUGCAUUUUAGAAGAGAAAAAAGAAAUUUGAAGAAUUCAUACCUUGCUUUUUAAUGUAUUGUUGCUUUAACCUGCAGUUCUAAUCCAUUUCUGAAUUAAUUCAAUUUAAGCAGCACUUUUUGGGUGCAUGCCUCUUGCCUGGAGGAACGUAUGGAUAUUUGUAUUUGAGAAGCUAGGAAACAUUUUGAUUUGAAUUUAUGUGCUUGUUAAAACUGGAACAUUUUUAUAGGAAUUGCUGCUGCUGCUGCUGCUAACUCCCUGCAAUACUGAAAACUCCUCAGAUCUAGUGGAAGCUGUAAUCGAAUUCAGUGUGAAAUCCAAGCCUGAGAAGUUGCAUAUAUGCACAUUGCUGCUUUAUGAUUUUUAAAGAGAAAGCAGAAGGGAUUUUUCUCAUUUUUUCCCCCUGUGGCUUUUAUUUGAGAAAGGAAACUUUUUUCCCCCAGCCUAAGAAAUGGCUUUUCUUGUUCGGUGUUAUGCCAACUGCCUACAGCCCUGGGCCUCCAAACUUCCAGCUGACCUUACCAAGAUGCACCUGACGGACAAUCCCCAUCCCCAGGUGCCGCACGUCCCCUCCAGCCAGUCGGGCUGCAGCAUUGCCAGUGACUCUGGGAGCAGCAGCCUCUCGGAUAUCUAUCAGGCUACAGAAAGUGAGAUGGGAGAUGUUGAUUUAACGGGUCUUCCGGAAGCUCCUGUAGACUCUGAAGAUGAAGAAGAGGAGGAGGAUGAAGAUAUUGACAGAACUUCUGAUCCACUUCUAGGGCGAGAUGUUGUCCGAGAGUGCCUUGAGAAGGAGCCUGCAGAUAAAACUGAUGAUGACAUUGAGCAAUUAUUGGAAUUCAUGCAUCAACUCCCUGCCUUUGCCAACAUGACCAUGUCUGUGAGGAGAGAGCUGUGCUCAGUGAUGAUCUUUGAAGUCGUGGAGCAAGCAGGAGCCAUCAUACUUGAGGAUGGCCAGGAGCUUGAUUCUUGGUAUGUUAUUUUAAAUGGCACAGUAGAAAUCACCUAUCCUGAUGGGAAGAGUGAGAGUCUCUGUAUGGGAAAUAGUUUUGGGAUUACUCCCUCACUGGACAAACAGUACAUGAAUGGAGUGGUCAGAACCAAAGUAGAUGAUUGUCAGUUUGUGUGUAUAGCCCAGCAAGACUACUGGAGGAUUCUGAACCAUGUAGAAAAAAACACUCACAAAGUGGAGGAAGAAGGAGAAAUUGUGAUGGUAAAGGAGCACAGGGAGCUGGAUCGCAGUGGAACCAGGAAAGGACACAUAGUUAUCAAGGCAACACCCGAGAGACUCAUCAUGCACUUAAUAGAGGAACAUUCUAUUGUGGAUCCAACCUACAUCGAAGAUUUUCUUUUAACAUACAGAACAUUUCUAACAAGUCCCUUGGAAGUUGGAAAUAAACUCUUGGAAUGGUUCACAGUGGACAGCCUCAGGGAUAAGGUUACCAGGGUAGUGUUACUGUGGGUGAACAAUCAUUUUAAUGACUUCGAAGGAGAUCCUGCCAUGACUCGAUUCCUGGAAGAAUUUGAAAAGAACUUGGAAGAUACGAAAAUGAAAGGCCAUCUCAGAUUGCUGAAUAUUGCCUGUGCUGCCAAAGCAAAAUGGAGACAAAUCACCCUGCAAAAACCUUCCAGAGAUUCUCCCCUGUUUUUCAGCCUUCUUGGAGGCAGUGACAAAGGGUUUGGCAUUUUUGUAGAGACUGUGGAGAUAGGCAGCAAAGCAGCAGAAGCUGGACUUAAGCGUGGUGAUCAGAUAAUGGAAGUAAAUGGACAGAAUUUUGAGAACAUUACCUUUGUAAAAGCUCUGGAAAUCUUAAAGAAUAACACACAUCUCUCCAUUACUGUAAAAACAAACAUUUUUGUGUUUAAGGAGCUGCUCUGCAGGAUAGGACAGGAGAAGAAUGGAAUCCCACAUAUUCCAAAAAUUGCAGAAAAGAAAAACAACCGUUAUUCUAUCCCAGAUAUGCCUGGAGAUGUGGAACAGAUGUUUCCCCGUGAAAAAGGAAACAAGAAAAUGAAAGCAAACACUGUGUCUGGUGGGAGAAACAGAAUCAGGAAAAUUUUAGACAAGACCCGUUUCAGCAUCUUGCCUCCAAAACUGUUCAGCGACGGCAGCGUGAGCCAGUCCCAGGACGACAGCAUCGUGGGGACGCGGCAGUGCCGCCACAGCCUGGCCAUCAUGCCCAUCCCUGGCACCCUUUCCUCCAGCAGCCCUGACCUGCUGCAGCCCACAACCAGCAUUCUGGAUUUCUCUAACCCUUCAGCUGUUGGGUUUUACUAUAUUCCAGAUCAAGUGAUCCGAGUCUUCAAAGCAGAUCAGCAGAGCUGUUACAUCAUCAUCAGCAAAGACACUACAGCAAAGGAGGUGGUGAGUCAUGCUGUCCACGAGUUCAACCUGACGGGAGCCCCUGAGACCUAUUCCCUGUGUGAGGUGUCCGUCAGUCCCGAGGGGGUCAUCAAGCAGCGGCGCCUCCCGGACCAGUUCUCCAAGCUGGCGGACAGGAUCCAGCUCAAUGGACGCUAUUAUCUGAAAAACAACAUGGAAACAGAAACCUUGUGCUCAGAUGAGGAUGCUCAAGAGCUACUCCGAGAGAGCCAGAUUUCCCUGCUGCAGCUGAGCACCAUCGAGGUGGCCACCCAGCUUUCCAUGCGCGACUUUGAGCUGUUCCGCAACAUCGAGCCCACGGAGUACAUCGACGACCUUUACAAGCUGGACUCCAAAACAGGCAACGCUCACCUGAAACAGUUUGAGGAUGUCAUAAAUCAAGAGACCUUCUGGGUUGCCAUGGAAAUUUUAGCAGAACCCAACCAGCUCAAAAGAAUGAAGAUUAUUAAGCAUUUCAUUAAAAUUGCUCUCCACUGUCGAGAAUGCAAGAACUUCAAUUCCAUGUUUGCGGUGAUAAGUGGGUUAAAUCUUGCACCAGUAGCUCGUCUCAGAGGCACUUGGGAAAAGUUACCCAGCAAGUAUGAAAAGCACCUCAGAGACCUUCAAGAUCUUUUUGAUCCAUCUCGAAACAUGGCAAAAUAUCGCAACAUCCUCAGCAGCCAGAGCAUGCAGCCUCCAAUUAUCCCACUUUUCCCUGUUGUCAAGAAAGAUAUCACAUUUCUGCAUGAAGGCAAUGAUUCUAAAGUGGAUGGCCUGGUGAAUUUUGAGAAGCUGCGGAUGAUCGCCAAGGAAAUCCGCCAAGUUGUCCGGAUGACCUCUGCAAACAUGGAUCCAGCUGUGAUGUUCAGACAAAGGAAGAAGAGGUGGAGAAGUUUGGGGUCUCUGAGCCAGGGCAGCAUGAACUCCAACAUGCUGGACGUGCAGGGAGGGGCUCACAAGAAGCGCGCGCGCCGCAGCUCGCUCCUCAACGCCAAGAAGCUCUACGAGGAUGCCCAGAUGGCCAGGAAGGUGAAGCAGUACCUGUCCAACCUCAGCGUGGAGACAGAUGAAGAGAAGAUCCAGAUAUUGUCACUUCAGUGUGAGCCUGCAUACAGCACUUUGACAAAGAAUUUAAGUGAGAGAAGAGGAGGGAAAUCCUCAGAAAUGUCUCCAGUGCCCAUGAGAUCAAUUGGCCAAACCACAAAAGCCCAUCAGCAUCAGCAAAACCGAAUGAGUCAAGUUCUUCAGGUCCCAACUGUGAAUUUGUACCCCAGCAGGAAAAAGGGACUGACAAAGGAUCAUGUCACAUUCAGUACAGGCUCUCCACAGAAGUCAUUAAGCUUGUCUGAGGAAGUAAGUAGUAGUAAGAAACAAACAGAUGACACUAUGUCCAUGGCAUCUUCUUUGCACUCCAGCCCACCUGCUUCUCCUCAGGGCUCCCCACGCAAAGUUGGCAACAUCCAAAGGUCGGAUAACUGCAGUCAGAUGAAUCUCUCUGGCUCUUCCUCAUCACUGGCCAGUGAAACCAGCAACAAGAACAGUGGACAGCGCAGCUAUGGAAUAGGCUAUGCCCUCAUACCUUCCACUAAAUCCGACAACUUCUCAGACUCCAGCCACAGUGAGAUCUCAUCGCGCUCCAGCAUCGUGAGCAACUGCUCGGUGGACUCCAUGUCAGCAGCGCUGCAGGACGAGAGGGCUCUGUCCCAGUCCCUGCUCGUGGUGGAUUCAGGCGGGGCAGAGAGGAAGGAGCAUCCUCAGGCACUGACAGAUUACAGCCAGCCCUGCCCAGGCUGGACCAUCACUAGGCCUGCUCUGAUCAGAGGGAUGGCAUUCACAUCUUCCAUGAGCAGCGAGGAGAUCUCCCACGAGCACAUCACAGUGGAGGCAGCAGACAGCGGCCGGGGCAGCUGGACUUCAUGCUCAAGUAGCUCUCAUGACAAUUUCCAGAAUAUCCCAAACCAGAAGAGCUGGGAUCUCCUCAGUUCUUACCGCCACACCCAGCUGGACGGACCUAUAGCUGAAGUGGAUGCCGCAAACUUUCACUCUGAGGAGGGUUAUUUGUAUUCCGAAGCCUUUUCCAAAGCCAACAGGCAGUCAAAAGCCAGCGUGGAGCUGGACCAGUCUCGGCAGAGCUGGGCAUCCUCCAGCUCCCUGUCAGACACUUACGAGACAAACUAUGGGACAAUUAAGCGGAGGGGGCUGGAGAACUCCUCGGUGGAGCAGACGGAGGCUUUGGACUCUAAAGCAGGCGCUGAUACAACUUACAAAACUGUUACUUCGAGCACAGAAAAAGGCCUGAUAGUGUACUGUGUCACCUCACCUAAGAAGGACGAUAGGUAUAGGGAGCCACCGCCCACCCCUCCGGGAUACAUGGGGAUUUCUUUAGCGGACAUUAAAGAAGGAUCGCCCCACCACCCACACCUCAAACCUCCAGACUAUAGUGUGGCAGUGCAGAGGUCAAAGAUGCUGCACAGUGACCUGUCUAGACUGCCCCCCGACGCGGCGGCCUGUGUCUCCUCGAGGAUGCCUCAGUGGCACGGCCGGCAGCCGUCCAGCCCCAGGCUAGCAGAGCUGCCUGACGCAGAUAGUGAAGAGGAUGAAGAUGAACAAGUAUCAGCAGUUUAACCCUUGGGCUAUUUAUAUGAACCACUCACAACACAAAGGAUGUGGAAGAAGGUCUCAUGGUUCUGUUAGGACUGCUGACAACUUGCUGCUACUGACCUCAGACCUUGCCUGUGUCCCAGACGAGAUGGAACGGGUUGGAUCACCUCUUCACACCUUCCUUCACUCUGCCACCACCUCCUAAGAAGCUAUUUCUACCCAUGAAAUAGAACAUCCUGUUCAAGGAAUGUGCUGACUGCCUGGGUACCAACAUGGGUACCCAGAGAUGGACCUAGCUUUGUGCAUUGGGGAGGACCAGUUGUCACCACCACUUGAAACUUAGGAGCAUUUUUCUGUAUGAUACCAUAUAAUCCUUUGGUAGUUUCAAUUGUUGUUAUUUUCUACAUGACAGUUAGAAGUCUGAGAGUGUUAUUUUAUGAACUUCAAAAAAAAAAUUAUAUCAAAAUGUCAGCAAAAGCAAAUGACGUUGCUGAAAUAUCUGAAAAUAAUUUAUUAAUUUAAUAUUUUUAAAUGGGAGUUUCCUUUACGUGCGUUGGGAGUGCUCUGGUUGGCUAAUAUAAAUGUUUAGUCAAUGUGACAGUAAAUUAGCUACCCAUCAACUGUUGUACUCUCAAAAUAAACACAGAAAAGUAGAAACGGGUGCAGAAAUUUAUAGAUUUUAGAGUGGGUUUAGAUUUAAUAUGAAUAGAGUCCAAUGCCCUGCAGAGCAGUGUCUGUCAAGGCAGCACUCCUGCUGCUCCCCUCCCACAUGGACACAGCAGAAACCUGUCCAAGGAUUUUAGAAAUUGUUUUAGCUGCCAGCCAACUAAGGCAACAGUUGGUGCUCUCCUCCCCUGUUAAGGAAUGUUUGAAAUGUGGAAGCUGUAGCUUGAGGGGGGAGCAUUUGGGGAGAUCUGAAGCUUUCCCAAAAGAGUUUUAACCAGGUUUUGCCUUGCAGAGUUCAACAUGCAAAGCAUGUUCUAAAACUCAAAACUCCAGCUGUGUGUUGUGGUUUUUAAGAUCAUCUUACAUGUCCUGGCCUUUUCCCAGAGUUGCACCGGGUUUAGGUGCAAAGGUUAUCUUUGAAAAAAAUAAUAAAACAAUUAGAAAUCACCUGCAUUUCACAAUAAAAUUUGUGAAACUAAAUAAUAAAUGACACAGUGCUUAUAGAAGAGCAUAAUGCAUUUUAUGAUGGUUUAAAAAACCCUGUUGUAUUUAUCUGGAAAUACAGAUAAUCUCAAACUAGGUUUUUUUAAAAAUACUAAUUAAAAAUCCUGGUGUUGUUGAUGUCAAUGAGAAUUUUGACUUACAGCCAGCCAGUAUUAACCCAUGAUCCUCUAGUUUGAUUAUGGUCAAAAUAAUUGCUUCUUUGAUUUUACUUUUAGCCAGCCAGAGUGCAGAGGGGUAGAACUGGAAAUGCCUGCAGGUUCUUUUCUUUCUCCUUCUUCCCUUCCUUCUUCCCUCCCUUCUUUCCUUCCUUCCUUCCUUCCUUCCAUACAUGACACCCCAUUCUAGUGUUGAAAUCAGACAUGAAUGUGUGAAUAUGUAUUUAAACAUUUAAUUGUAAAUCUUUGUUGUGAUGUUUACAGCCUAAGCUAGAAAGAUGAUGUUUGUCAUUUUUACAGUGCCUCAAAACUGAUUUCUAUAUCCAUAGUUGUGGAGAGCUUUAAGGUUUUGGUUUUUUUUUUUUUUUACCUAUAUGUGUGCAGGGGUGCAAGGUAAAUGCAACAUUUUUGGAAAAUGCCACAAGUACCAAAAACAACCCAAAGCCUUUGAUGUGCUUUCUCCAUAGUAGCUAGGGGCUGAUGCAAAUGACCCAGCCUGUGUCUGCCUUCAGAGCAGUUCCAGGCUCAGCAUUGCCUGGAAUGUACCUCUCACCAUUGGAAUGGGAAGGGUGUAAAUGAACAGUGAUGCUGAGGAAGAGCAUUUAUAACUCACUGGUUGGCUGUAUGAAUUUUGGCACAAGUAUCAGAGAAGCAUAUGGUUGAAAAAGUACAUUAAAAUCCACUUAAGGUAUGGCAUAAUACAUGCAUUUUGCUUUCUCAAGGCCUUAAUGCUUACAAUGAACCUGCACAGGCCUUAAUGACUAAAGAUUAAUGUGUCAAAGCAAUGCAGGGCAGAGUGAGUGUUUUCAGCACAUGCAAUAUUGGUAAUAGAACUCUGAACUGAUAUUCCUGUGGGAUGUAAAUCCAGGUCCUGCCAUCCCAUUGUCAGCUGUAGUUGCUUGUUAACUUCUACAUGGAAAGAGCAGGCUUUGUGUUCCAUCAGAAAUCAUCUGUGUUGUGCCAGGUGAAUGAAGCCAUACAGUUCCUUGGCCCUGGGGGGGAGCUGCAGCUUACUCCAGCCUGUUGAACAAAAUAUAGGGGAUGGGGGUUACUAAAGUGGCUUCCUUUUACCCCAAACCCAAUAGUGCUGCCUUGGAGGAGCAGGGAAGCCCCUGUGGGGGGAGCAGGGUCAGGGUCUCCUGGCAGUCAGCAAGAGCAGCUGAAUUAAUCACCCAUCCAAACGUGGUGUUUGAUGGUGUUUGCACAUCAACAGCAUCCAUCUGUUCCACAGGGCUUGGCAGACACUGAAAAGUUUUAGAAUGAGUGAAAGUCUUACUAAUAAUAUUUUCCUAAUAGCCAACACAGCUGGUGUACAUAAAUCAUGCAUAAAUGAUGGACAGAUGAGCUACUCCUGCUCCUCCUGCCUCGCACAGUGUGGCUUCUCUGCUGCUCCUUGCUGGGCUUUCUGUUUGUUUGUUUGUUUUUAAGUCAACCGAUCACAUUGAUUGGGGCCAAUAGCCAAAUGUAGAGUGUCUGCUGUGGGUUUGAAGAGACAUUAUCCCUUUUUUUGGUAAUUCAGACAGAAGCAAUAUGGUGGUUAGUACCUGUUGUACACUGCUUUGUUGAAGUGAUGUCUUCUGGACCACAGAUCCCUGUCUCAGUACCUCUGCUAGGUUCUUCUAGCUUGGGCUCUGAUGCUGAUGAACAGUUAAGGUGCCUCAUGUCAUGUUCUUCCACUGCCAUGCCUGGGUUUGCUCACUUCCUGCUCGUUGUUUGCUUCUGUCUUGUUGGUGAAAGAUGCAUUUCAGAUUUCUGUGAUUUAAGCACACAGUGUUUUGUUAUAAAUCUUAAACUUCCAAAUAAUUCCUGAGAAAGCAGUGUGGUUUGGUAAAGUUGAAUUGGCCUCUCCAGUUGCAGAAAGGGGAAGAUGAGGUCACUGAGCCUCUGAGCAUCAGGUUCAUCUCCUAGGUACACAAAAGAAUGGAAAUACAAUGGCUGUGGAUGUUUGCAGUUCACCAUUUUUCAAUGUGGACAAAUUUUGAGUGUUUGCCAGCAGUGGGCAGUGUGGGGCUUUCCUGGCUCCUUCCUUUUGCCUUUAUUCAGAUAAUUUUGUAGGUGUGGCCUCACCUUGAGUCCUGUGUGUGAUUUUUGGACACCAUGAUAUGAAAAAGACAGGAAGCUAUUAGAGAGCAUACAGAGGAGGCCACAAGGAUGGGGAUGGUCUGGAGGGGGGAAGCCUUAUGAGGAGUGGCUGAGGGCACUCGGUCUGUUCAGCCUGGAGAAAAGGAGACAGGGGAGAGAUCUCAUUGCAAUCUACAACAUCCUCCUGAGGGGCAGCUCUCAUCUCUUCUCUCUCAUGAGCAGUGACAGAUCAGGAGGGAAUGGCCUGAAGAUGUGUUAGGGGAGGUUUAGGUUGGGCAUUAGGAAAAGGCAUUUCACCCAGAACAGCUUCCCAGGGAAGUGGUCCCAGCACCAACCUGUCAGAGCUCAGGAAGUGUUUGGACAAGGCUCUCAGCCACAGGGUGGGAUUGCUGGGGAUGGUGCUGAGCAGGGCCAGCCUUGAUGAUCCUGCUGGGUCCCUUCCAGUCAGCAGACCCUGUGGUGCCAGGUGAGUGAUGCCUCACUGGAAGGGGGUCAGAGCCCAUUGCUUGGGAUGGGCUGUGCUGGGGGCUCUCUGCACCUCCCAGAGGCAGAGGGUGUCCCCAGGGGCUGAAUGUACCAGUGAUGCCACUUGCAGAGGGGCCUGUGAGGCAUCAGGGGUGUUCCAAAACCUCUUUAAUCAUGUCCUGAGUCAUUUUACUACAGGCAAUAGUGGAAAUAAAACCCUGUCAUUUAAGUUUUUAUAAAAACAUCAGAAUUUUUGAAGGAUAAACUUACCACUGCCUUUGCAAAAAGAAAAGAAAAAAGGGAUACUCUCUCUUUAGAAAAGCUUUACACAUUAUAUUUUAGAACGCUUGUAUAGAGGGUAAUCUAUCUUGAAUUCCCAACCCAGCUUUUGCUUCUGUUGUGCUUUUUAUUGUUUUAUCUUUAUUUCUGAUAUACCUGGAAUGCAGUUUAGCUUGGUAUUAAUUAAAUUCUAAAUAUGUGAGCAUAUUGGCAAAACUGCACAGAUGUAAUGAUAUUCCAAUAGCAAUUGUACUGCACAAGUCAGUGAUUGUAAAGUAUUCUGUAACAAGCAAUGUUUGUCUCCUAUUUUUUGAUACCUCUUACACUUAUGUCUUUUAGAAAGACAAUGCCUCUGUAUGCUUUUUGUAUUUUUACUGAGUGAUUGUAAAUAUUUGUUAUAUUUUUGGUUAAGAGAAUGUUUAAAGUACUGUUUAUUAUCCAAUCUAUUAAUAUGUUGGAAUCAAUAAACAAUCAACAUGUA